UAAUAUAAUAAAAUAUUCUUAAAGCAAUGUCAGGACAAGGAGAGAGAACUUUCGUCAUGAUCAAGCCAGACGGCGUCCAGAGAGGAGUUGUCGGUAGCAUUAUCAGCAGAUUUGAAGACAAGGGUUACAAGAUGGUGGGAUGCAAGAUGAUGGAUACCCCAACUCAACACUGCGAGAAACACUACGAAGAACAUAAAGAGAGACCUUUCUUUAAUAAAUUGGUCACCUAUGUUUGUUCAGGACCUGUUGUAGCAAUGGUUUGGGAAGGAACUGAGAGCAUUAAGGGAUCUAGAAACCUUAUUGGUGCUACUAACCCAACUGCUGCUACUCCAGGAACUAUUAGAGGAGAUUUUGCCAUGGAAAUGGGAAGAAACUUGAUCCACGGUUCUGACUCUACUGAAUCUGCAGCCAAGGAGAUCUCCCACUGGUUCGAAGAUGACGAGCUUAGCAAAUGGACUCAUCAUAGUAAGGAAUGGCUUUUCGAGUAAAGAUAU